AUCGGGCAUAUCUUUUUCCUUUUAUUCCGAUAAAAAAUGGCUGAUGAAAAUAGGAUUUCAGUUAGCGAAGAAAGAGUUGAAAAAAGAAAAGUGGAUGAUUUCGCAGCUUUGUACAAUCUCGACAGCAGUGCUAGAAACUUAACGGAAACAACCGUACAAGAAGGAGCUUUUAAAAAGAUAAAACCAGAGCCUGGGAAUGGUGGUUCAAGUUCACUUUUGAGCGGAGGAUCUGGGAGUGGCAGUCACAACCCUAGUUCCUGCCCGACCCCCGCGCGGAGGAGACAUCGGACAACAUUUACACAAGAACAACUACAAGAAUUAGAAUCAGCUUUUGCCAAGAGUCACUACCCAGAUAUAUACUGUCGGGAAGAAUUAGCUAGGAUUACCAAAUUAAAUGAAGCAAGGAUUCAGGUUUGGUUUCAAAACAGAAGAGCAAAAUACAGAAAACAUGAAAAACAACUCGCCAAGUCUCUGUCUCCAGUAAUGAACCCUGCCUGCAACGGAAUGAUGAGGAACUUGUACCCUACUACGUCUCGGCCCUAUGCUGCUUACUCGCCACACACCAAUAUGAAUUCUAUGGCGAGAUAUCCACAGAUGAACUCAUCAUACCCUUCAAUGGCUCAGUUUUCAGGGAUGUCCAGUAUGGCUACUUCUAACAUGGCCAGUAUGCCAAGACAAGUUCAACAAUUCCCAAUGGCUUCAGACUAUAGUUUGGACAACCACGAAGAUGAUUGGUAUAACAAAAGUUUGACAGCACUGCGCAUGAACAACAGUCACCACUUAUCAAAUCCUGUCCUACAGUACCAAGCAUGACUAGAGUCAGAAUCAGGAAAAAUGGACCAUUAAGGAGGGCAACCGUUGCUUCAUCAUCAUCAAAAGUGCUG